GCACCAUGAUACUAUGAUUUAAUAAAUGACAAAUUGAAAAUAAAUACUACUAAAUUCUAAUGUAAUAUGAAAAACUCAACAUGAUAUUAUCUUCUCUUGAAAAUAUUGUUUUUAUUCAUGAUGGGAAAAAAUGAUAUAUUGCUGGAGAUUCUUCAACUGACGCAGUUUUCCAGUUAGUCCCUUCGUUUUCAUAAACUGUUUCGGACUUCAAAUUUGAAAUAACGAUUUAACGUUCAACUCUUCGAGUUGAAAGAGAUGUAUAUUGUUCUCUUUCUCUAGGGCAAUAAAUCAAGAGAGUUGACAGACUUCCAUCCGAUGUUCCAUCUCAUUCGUUCUCUCGACUUCUCUCUCUAACGCGACGUCCAUGGAUAUUAGGUCUAUGGUUUGCAGCUAUAACAUAUUUGUUUUGACAAGUAUCCGGCUCAUUAGAAUUGAGCUUGAAAUGUGUAAUAAAGGCAAUUUUCGAAUUGAAGACUUCCUAGUUUCAUUGAAUUUAGAAAAUAGCUCAUUUCCCUUUAGGAUUUAGAUGCAAUGAAAUCAUUUUACAAACAGUACAAAUUUGAAUAUUCAGUAGCCAUUAAAUAUCUGGACAAAAAUGUCCAAACUACUUUUUCUUUUAUUUAUAUUUCGAAUUUCAUGUAACGCUCAGGAAAAUUUAGUGUUAUUAACCAAAAAACGAUCUUCUUUUCUUGAUAAUUAUAGAAGUUAUGCUAGUUUGGCUAUAUUUCAAGUAGACAUUCCAGCGCAAAUAUCAUUUGUAUCUUAUAAGUUAUCUGCUGAACCGUUUGAUCUCUCUAUUUUUGGGUGUUCUCCCGAAAAAGUGUAUGUUUAUGCAAAGAAAGGAUCGAUUCCUGUACUGAACCCUGAUAAUUCAAGGAAUCCAAAAUGGGUAAAGAAUAUAACCAAGUCAGAACUUUACGGCUUAGAACUUUACACCGAUAAGGAGUAUAGUUAUAUCAAUAUAUCCUCUCCUUCUCCGGGUAUAUAUUAUUUUGCUGCAUUCUUUCCAUAUGUAAAUCCUGAUGCAGUUGCCAUUAAACAAAAAGGUUUAUCCCAGCAUUGCACAGCUUUCAUAAAUAUUUUGGUUUAUAUUUCGAAAGCUAAGUAUUUGAAAUUACUGACAGAAAAUUAUAGUUACCAUAUAGAUUCAAAAGAAAGUGUGAGUUAUUAUUAUCAAUUUUUAACAACUCCUAACAUCAAGCAAGUGAUUCUAAAAAUAAAAAAUAGAGGAAAUGCAAAUUCUCCUAAUAUAACACUUCGUUUAAGCUCCGAUAGCCUGCCUGCAGAAAACAAAUAUAUAAAUACAAAGACAAUAAAUUUAACUGGUAGAAAGAUAGAAAUACCUUACUGGUUAAAUAAAGAUGGACAAUACUUUUUAGAAUUUGAUUUCAGUAAAAAUCAGGUGGAAACAUCUCUUGAUUUUACACUUGACACCAUAAGUUUGGAUCAAACUUUCAGGAGGAAAAACAUACGUACAUCCUUGAGUAAUAAAUUAGAUCCCACUCUUUAUAAGAGUGCUAUCAUUGACUACUAUGAAAAUCAAUAUACAAGAUCAAUUGACUCUUAUACUUUGUAUGAAUUAAUCAAGGAAUCAGGUUCUGAAGCAUUUUUGUAUACAUACAAUUUAAAUCACGAAAAUGAGAGAGAAUUUAUGGUUCCCAUACCUCUUAACAUGACAAGUGAUGAUUUUUCUGUCUUGAAGUUCAAUAUAGAGGAUAUAAUAGAUGUAGGGGGUACUUUUGAAUUCAGUAUAGAUUUCCGAACACAGUCAAAUGAAGCAGGUCUUGUAUUUUUUUCCCCAGAAGCUGUUGAUCAAAUUAUUAUAGGAUGCAUUAGUCAAGACAUGUAUCAAAUACCAACUCUACCUCGUUUUUGUGAAUAUAAUGGAGUGAAAACUUUGGCUCCAGUUGUUAUAAAUAAUACUGUUAGCAAUUCAACGGUUCUAAUACCAUUUCCUGAAUCAGGGAUAUGGUAUGCUACUAUUAAACUUUUUUGUAAACCUUGUCAAAAUUGUCCAUGUUAUAAGACAUGCAGUGAAAAGCUUAGGACAUGCGUUUCAAAAUGUAGUUGCAGCACUGUACAUUCAUGUAAUGUAUGCUCUAAGAACUGCAAAGCAGAGCUUGAAAAGAAAGCUGAAUGCAAGGAUUGCAAUUGUGAUGAUAAAUGUGCAAAAUCUCAAGGUUUCUGCAAGAGCUCGAUUAUGUUUGAUUUGAGUUCUUUUCCCUGUGUAAUGGGAAAAUGUGGACCAAAUGGACGAUGCCAAUACAUUUUAGUUGAUGGAUAUAUUUUUUCUGCUUGCCAGUGUAGAAAUAAAUAUAGAGGAAUGGAUUGCACAGAUGACUCGAAUGCUACACCAUUUUGGAAAGUAGUUCUUGGACAAAUAUUACUCAUUUCUAGUAACGCCAUAAUGAUACCAUGUGUUUAUUUUGCUGUCAAAAGGAAAUACUAUCCAGAAGCAGUUAUGUACUCAAGUGUUCUUAUUUUUUCCUCAUUUUAUCAUGCUUGUGAUGUUGGAGAUGAUGCUAUACAAUUCUGUAUAACUACCCAUUCAAGUCUUCAGUUUGCAGAUUUCUUUAGUGCACUUUUUUCGAUUUGGGCAACAAUGCUUGCAAUAUCAGAUCUCAAAGCUAAACAUAGGUCCACACUUCAUGUGCUUGCAGCAAUUAUAUUAGCUUAUUGUACUGUUAUUGAUAAAACAGGUGUUUGGAUAUUUUUUUUAAUCACAAUCCCUGGUAUAGCUAUUAUAGGAGUGUGCUGGUAUUUCAAAUUUAGAAAAUCUGGCAAAAAUUUCAUUAAGAUGAAAUAUCUGAAAUUUUAUUUUUCUACUGGAAUAAUAGUCAUGCUUAUAGGUAUAAUGAUUUUUGCUUUUUUUCAAACUAGUGGAAAUUAUAUGUAUUUGCACAGUCUUUGGCAUUGUAUUGUGGGUAUCACUGUGUUGAUAAUUUUACCUCGACCUGAUACAUUUCCCACUUUAGAGCAUCUUGGAACAUCCGAACAAUCAUGAGAGUAAGUUUUUGAAAUUGAAGUGAGAAAUAUGAAAUUCUUUUCCAAAUUAUCCUAAGGAUUGAAUUUAAUCCAAUUCACAAAACAAUUAGUGGAAGUAUUCUUGUGAUUGAAUGAGAAAAUACAAGCCGAGUCAAUAAAUGAAUAAUUUAUUUUGUGCCUUCUGAAUAUGAUAUAUUUCAAACUAGGUACCAAUAAUUUAAGUUUAUCAUACGUGUACAGUACAUACUGUGAUAUAGUAAUUUAAUGAUCAAUUUCUUUUGCUGCUGUCUGAAUAUUUACGAAACUAUAACAUGACAUAUUUUAUCAAUUUAUUCUAUUUUGUUUAAGUCUUCUUUUAUUUUAGAUUUUAGCACCACCAAUAUAUAUAUAUUAACUUUUUUAUUUCAAAAAUAUUUAUAUACAAUUAACUUUAAUUUAACGAUUAUAAGAAAGUGUUGUGUAAUAAUAAUGAUUCAGAUUAUUUUUAUAGUGACAAAUUUAUAAUUCAGUAUCCUAUAACCUGUUAAAUAUUUUCUAAAAUUAAAUGAAAUUAUUUACAGAACCUAGUUUUAUUUUUAGUAGACAACUAAAAAUUUUAACUUUUCUCCAAGUUUGUGAUAGACAGAAUUCUUAUAAAUUCAAUAAAUAAUCAAUUUCUUUAUGGACAUUUCAUAAUAAGUUAUAACAAUUAUUAAAAAAAUAUGUUUUCAUUUAUUUUAUAGUUAACCUGUAUUCACAAAACUCGGUGCAUGUAGUUUGUUAAUUUUAGGGUUUAUUGGUUAUACCCCUUCUUUUAUUUGUAUAUUAAUAAUAUAUUCUGUGCUGUGAAUGACCAAUCACAAAGUCAGUGGCAGUUUAUGAAUCCAGGAAAACCGUACAUAAUUUCUGUAAAUGAACUAUCUUACAGAGCCUGCUCCAAACAUAAUCUCUCUCUCAAACUGUUCGGCUUUGAGUGUACCAUCUAUACUGAUACAAUCUUUGUUAAAAACAGAAUAAGCACUCACUUCUCCAGAUUUUUUAGGAGUUGUUCCAGUAUUUAAGUACAUCAAUAUUAAAGCUGAUAAAAUUAAAUAAACGGUACCAAAUUGUAAAUUGAUAAAUAUCAUAUAUAAUAGACCCCAAAGUAAAAAAUAAAGAAAAUAGUAAAAGAGUUGCAGCCAUGAACAACACCAAAUACUGUCAUCUGAUAAACUUUCUUCAUCAACAGAGCAUGCAUCUUCAGUUAUAAUAAGGCUCUUUGCUUCAUCCGAAUAAUCCAUUUUUCUUUUUUUUGGAUGGGAUAAUUUCACAGAUGGAACAAUCUUUCGAAAUUGAUCUUCGUUUUCUUUUUGUUCUCCAUCUUUGACAUUUUUUUUUCGUUCAAAUAUAUAAGAGAAUAUAUUUUUUAGUUUAUCUCU